GAUCACGCCGCGGAUGAUUGCUCUGGUGAGCUUUAACUAGUCGCCGCGCCAGCUUCGGCCAUCGGCUGCCAGGGGAUGAGUGGUCGCCUUCCGUUGUGGAAGAUAGACGCGUCUUGGCCCGUCAAAGGCCUUGAUCUGCCGCGCUCGAGCCGGUCGGUACUCGGUAAGGAGUGCAAGGAGAGUUUCUCUUUUAGCAGCCGCCAGCUUAUCACGUGGCCUCGCGGAACAGGUGCUUUCGGUGGUGUCGCGGGCUUGCCCAUAGGGCAUUGGGGAAAACUGUGGCUAUUUGAGUGCAACACUAAUUCCUUGGGAUUUUUCUCUAAGGGAGGACCUACCUAGGAAGUGAUCGUGAGAUGGCGGCGUCGGCACAACCCGCGGCAGUGAUCGAGGAGGCCGACCGCUCAAUCUUGCCGAAACGACCGAGUCGCGCAAUAAAACCGAGCGCGAAAGUCCGCGAAGCGAUGCAGUCAGUUGAGGAUGUGGCCACCACGUCGAGAAGAACCAUAAAUAGUAUUACGCCGAGUACCGCAUCGAAAGGAACACCCGGAUUGGGAAGCGGGAGCGGAACCAAUGGCCAGGCUGAAGCGGGUAAAACAGCGCUCCAGACCCUUCUAGAGGCAAUUAAUGAACAGCAAAACAAGACACGCGAGACAAUUACCGAGCAACGAAACAUGAUUUGCGAACUGUGCAACGUGGUCAGCAAGCAGCAAGACGCGAUCCAACGGCUCUGUGAAGAGCUGAGACAAGCCCGCGAUAUGGUCAGCAAACAGCAAGACGUGCUUCAGCAGCUCUCUGAGGAAUUGAGACAAGUCCGAGACUAAAUAGGCACCGUUGCACAAAACGCAGCCCUUCUCCAUACAACUCAAACG